AUGUCUAUAGAAGAUGGAAAACAACACGUUAUUCAGCCAAGAAUCGCCAACCCUGCGCCGCUUGGACUCUCCGCUUUCGCAUUGACUACAUUCGUAUUAUCCGUCAAUAACUCCGGCUCACCAAAUCUCACAUUGCCAAACGUUAUUACCGGUCUGGCCUUGUUCUACGGUGGCAUUUGUCAAUUACUGGCCGGUAUGUGGGAAUUCAGAACGGGUAACACAUUUGGUGCUACAGCUUUUUCUUCAUACGCUGGUUUUUGGUUAUCAUUUGGCGUUAUCUUGAUUCCCGGCUUCGAUAUCACCGCGCCUUAUUCCGGUCAAGAUUUGGAUCAUGCAUUAGGUAUUUACCUCGCCGGAUGGACCAUCUUCACCUUCAUAUUAUUUUUGGCCACCUUUCGUUCGAACGCCGGAAUGGUAGCCUUGUUUUUCUUUUUAUUGAUCACUUUCCUACUUCUCACUAUCGGUAAAUUUACCCCUGCUGCGACACCCGUAAAUGGUGCCACCAAAGCUGGCGGCAUAUUUGGUAUCAUCACUGCAUUCAUCGCCUGGUAUAACGCUCUUGCUGGUCUUCUUACAAAAGAAUCUUCUUAUUUCACUGUUCCCGUAUUCGAUCUGAGCAACAAGCGCGAAUAA